UAUAAAGGCUUAGCGCCCUCCCUCUGCGCGCUGUCCCGCUCCGCCGCUGCGAGCCCUCAGUGUCUGGAUCUACGUUGUAGAUAGAUGGGCUACAUGCCACACGCCAUUAGCCUACAGGCUGCAAAGGUUCAACGUUUGAUUUCACGUUUUUUGCCGUUGUUCUCCUUCCUGUUCUUCUUCUUCUUCUCGGGGCUUCUUUUUUUCUCCUCUGCUUGGAUACCGCUGACUUAGGCAUUGGACAUGUGCACACAGGAUGAUGACAACCCCUUUCCUCCCCGUAGAAGUAAAAUAAAAUAGGCUUUCGCACACACUGGAUUUACUCCUGUCGUUCCAUAUGAAGAAGCCAAAAAUUUGGAUACGCGUCUGUGUCCAUUUACUGCUGUUCAUCACGCUUGGGGUACAUUCAAGUAAAUUUGACGUCAACCCAGUGACAGAUGACAUCGCUAGUCUCUCUAUUUUGAGACAGAAUAUUCCUAAAGAUUACAAAAUUCCUGUACACUACGUUCCUAAAGAAGAGGGAGGGAUGUGUUGGGUAAAAUUAAACAUCUUCUACUUGGAGGAGAGUUUACAAGAUUUAGCACAUAAGUUUGGAAACAUUUCAUCCAACAGAAAAGAUAUUAGCAUAUUCAUCCAAAUGCUCCAAGAACUGCGGCUCAACAUGGGGUCUCUGGAGCCCAUCAUGUAUGACUUUGAGUGCCACUACAGGGAAGAGAGGUGGCAGACAGCGCGAUACUUUGACUUUGUCAAAGACUUCCUUAUAGCUGCACAGAAUAAAGAAGAUUCAGAUGACUGUGACCCUCCUCCCUGUCCCACCACACCAUACUCAGUAACAACAGAAAAAUAUUUAGAAGAAUCGCAACCGUCCAGCUCGGAGUGUGCAACAGGCUGCAGUCCAAAAUAUGAACCGAGCGCCCUGACUGAGGUGGUGGAGCGAAGCCUUCUCUCCUUACUGUUCAUCCCUCUCAUAGCUCUCGUAUUCCUGCUUGUGUGGAAGGUCCGAUCACGGAGGAACGAGGAGGAUCUUCAACAGAAUCCUGGAGAAGGUGGACUCUUCACAGGAACAGAAGCGACUGCACCUCCACUAGAUGCUGAAAUAUCAGAAAAAAACAAGUUGCACGUCAUUGAAAUAGUGUAACGCCUCUACCCUUCGAUGUUCUUCAGCGUGAUUGGGCUCUACUCUUUUCUCCUCUUGGUGUCCAAAGGUGAUGAAAAACAAACACAAAGCUGUACUCCAUAGCGACAUCUCAAAGGUAAAAGGCCUGUUUUUGACUGCGCUCGUAAACGACGGCAGAUUCACGAUCGCCAUGACCAACAUUCCUCUGGAUAAACCACGCCUGCUACCGUAUGGAUAAGCUUGCCUUUCUUGAAAGACUGCAUUAACCCCAUGCUUUUGAAAAAGACUGACAUUUUAGCAGAGAACCCCCCCGUACCACACCCCCACUGGAUUCUCUUGCUCCAUCAGAACCUGCUGCAUCAUGAACUCUUCAGGGAGAGACCCCCCUCCCCCACCCCCCCUCAGCACGUUGCUACAGUCUGCCUGCGUUUUUUGGACCCACCAGUUCAUCUUCAGACAGCACAGCAGAGAGUGACACUGACACUGGUAUCUCCUGUAUGAACUGAGGCAUGAAUUACUACCUCCGGUGACCCUCACGUUAACCACAUCUUCAACAGCUCUGCAGUUUGAUCUUAGUCCAGGGUUUUUCCUAAAGAAUAUAAUGUUAAACAUUGUAGUGCCAAGGUGUAGUCACAGUGUCUGGUUUAGGCGUGUACCCGCGGGGGUGUGUGAUGUAUUUAUUUAUUGGUAGCAGCACUGAGCUGCUGCUGUUGAUGAAAUGUUUCAAGCAAUCAUUUAAGAGCACCUCUACUAAUGGGUCACAUUUAAAGAACAGUCUACAGUAUAUACUAACACAUCGUAAACCCCAAAAACACACUCUCCUGAACAAGUUACAAUUCCUUAUAUGAUGUUGUUGUUGUCGGUGUUUAUGACUCGGGUGAUUUAGGUUGUGUGAAUGGAUUACAUGGAGAACAGAACAUAUAUAUAUAUAUAUAUAUAUAGAUAUAUACAGAAUAUGCUGCUUUGACUAACUUUCAUUUAGACCACUGAAAUCUGCAAUGACAUUCUGCUAACGAGCUUCAGGGAUGACUCCUGUGGAUCCAGGAUUUUAUUUGAAAUUUGAAAAUUAGGGGUGCGUUCGGAAAGACUCUGAGUGCCAGGGCGCACUGGCACAAACUGGACUACUCAGAAAUUUGGAGCGCUGUUGGAGAGUACCGUUCACAUAUUCAAAACACUACACUCUCGGAGCAGCAGAGCGCUGAGCGGAGUGAACAUGUGAUUAAUUUAACCGUUAGUUAAUUCACAUAGAAACCGAAUGCUCUGUUACUCUGAACAACAGCACUCUCAUUUUAGUGUACUGGACUUACGAACGCACCCUUGGUGUUAGACGCGUGUGAAAUGGGCCUCCCAUCGUAAAUUUUAGCUCGACAAUGCCUUUAUUUUUUGUACUGAUCUCACCUUUUAUGCUUGUGAAGCAAAACUGUUACAGGGGAGAUUUUUGACGGCCAUUCCUCUAAAAAAGGAAGAGAAACUAUAUCGUUAAAUUUUUUAAAAAGCAAGUAACACAGUUUGUACGAAAAUAAAAUUGAUAUACAUAUGCUGUAUAAUCUAACAUUUUAAUUUGAGCAAUCAAUUUCUGCCUGUUUACUUAGCAACUAAAUAUGAAUCGAGCCCAUUAGCUUGGACUGUUCACGCUUAUGGUUUAAUCUGUUCUUACUGACUCUGCCUUUGUCCAGUAUCAGUGUUGUGUUUGCAUAAUAAAACCCAUAAAUUUGACAUAAAUUUGAUAAUGAAAUGCUGAAGGAUUACUCCACUGUUGAUGAAAUUUGCAGACAUGCACCUUAGUUAUUGUCACAGUCCACAAAGCUCGCCACAUGGGAAUGCCGUGCAGACCUAAGUAUCAAUUUUGCCUUAAAGUUGCGCCAUAUUACACCGUCAGAGGAAGUGCACCGUCAUCUCCUUCACAUACUGAACUGUCUCACAGUGUUGUAAAUUCUAAAAGUUUUUUUUUUUUUUUUCUUUUCAAAGAAGCGUGCUGACGUUUAGAGUUGUUUCUCUGGGGUGUACAUAGAUCCAUGUGAACGGCAGGAGAUCAUUGAACUGGUAGUCAAACCCAAUCAGUUGACUUGACAUUGUUAAAUUGACAUGUAUCUGGCAACAGCAAUUGCAGAAGCCCUCAGGCUCAUUCACAUAUUAAAUCCGCGGGCCCCUCCCUGCCUCUUGUUAUGCAUUCUCACAUCAGAUAAGUUUCGGAGCUGGGGUUGCUCCUUCUCUCAGUGAUAGCAAAUCUUAUCAGAGGUGUGAAGAGAGGCAAAGAAUUUAAAAACAUGUAAACAGGGGAGGCUCCCACAAAGUACGGCAGGUUCAUGAUGGAUUCUAGAAAGGGCUGGGCAAUACCGAGAAAAUCAGGUGUUCCCAUAUUUGUGACCACAAACCUUGAUGUCAAUAAUGCAGCCAUUUUGUAGGGUAGACUGUCGGUGCCGUCACAGAAUAUUUCCACAAUGAGAUUUUUGAUCAGUAAUGAGGAUAUCAUGACCAAGGUCUCAAUCAGACAGAGCGCUUUUGCAGCUUGUUGUGUUUCUUUUAUUGUUGCUCAACAACCACCGACUCACCUGUCCGCAGCCAACAUGUCCUCAUACAGUGGUUUGUUUGAUAUCCUAUGAACUAGCACCCCACAAAUGACAUUACGUCCUUAAUGUAAAGUUACAGAUGUUAGGUUUAGGUAAGUAAAGUCACUGUUGUUAGUUUAAGGAAAAACAUAGUGAGGACAUUCUUAAAAUAACUCACACUCGGUUCUGAACACCAGUGUCCUCGGAGAAAGUCCUGUAUUUUCUAACCUAACCUGUCUCCUAACUGGACUGCUCGGGACUUCCUCCUCCUUUACUCCCAUCAGCUCAUUGGUCCCAGCCUUCCAAAAUACAUGGGUUAUGCUUAUGCACAAAUUACUGGCUUAACAUUACGUGGGAUAUAUACAAACUUUGGUGCAUUACCCUCCGUAGGAAAACAGUGAAUGCCGGCAUUAGCUUAUCCACCGUUUAGCUGUGAAUUAAACUAAAUAAUUGAGAGGCAGAGGGGACUGGACAGAGAGAAAUUGAAAUCUGUUUGGAUACAUGAGACCCUGAGAAAAAGAAGAAAUUACAGGGAGUACCACCAGGUGGUCCAGGAGCUUCGUCAUGAUGAUGAUGGUUGGUUCACGGCUUUGACAGUCUGCUGUCAGUCGUCGGGCAUAAAUAUGGUUGGUCAAAUGUUAGAGGCUACAGUUUUUUCUGUCCUAUGUCUUGAGGCUUGCCUAAUAAAGAAUCAAUGAAAAUUAAUUAAAGUUAUCUUAACACCGUACGCAACCGCAGAAGGCAGGAAUGCAGCUCAGGCUUGCUUCCAGUUUUUCCAGUGGCCACUCGCGGUAUUGCAGUGACGGCCAGAAAAGCAUUUUCCCACAGACAAGGUCAAUUAUGACUCUCAUGGAGUGAAUUUUUGAUCCAUGGUGGUUUAAUAUUUGUAAAACUUUUCUCAGGUCGAGAAAAGGGUUUUAAAAAUUUGUAAGAGCCGAGCAGGAACUUUAGUAACACUAUUGUGCAUAUUCAGUGGGCUGCAUACCGCAGAAAUAAAAACUAGAAACUUUUUUGGUGAAUGCACCAGGCGAGCAGGCGAUUUGGUGUCCAGUAACUAGUUGUUGAUAUACAUCUAUGGUUUCCCACUCCCAGUUUAAUUUUUUUGUUUUGUUUUUGAGCUCAAGGUAUUCAGAUUGUUUACGCAUAACACAGGGCGCAUAAAGUCGAAAAACACUCGGCAACAAAAAAGCAGCGACAAAAAGCUUCAUUCUCAUAAAAACAGUCACAAAAAGCUGUCUCAAGCUGCAAAAACACGCCCUGUCUGAUAACGGCAAAUACUGUAACAGAACGGUCUGUAAACUUUAGAAACUUACAUCAUGUUACUGUCAUGCAGCCUUUCAAACCAGGAAAAGAUAUCCAAAAUCUAAGACGAUAUCUGGUCUCAUGUGACAUCACUACGAUAUACUGCCCAGCCCUAAUUUAGGUGUUAGGUUGGCGAUGAUUAAAGACAAUCAGUGUAGAGGUAGGAGUGUGAACAGGGCACGCUGGCUGUGACCUUUCCCAUCAGGCCGCCCUGCUGCGGAUAGCUGACAGAGACAAAGUGGCAGGACACAAACAUCUGUUUCUGUAUGUAGUCUGAGUAUUUCUAUUAUGUCUGUGGUCUUACAUUGUACCAUGUCCAUUCUUGGUUCUGUGCCUUGUUUGAUUAGUGUGAUUGACUGUGUGUGUAACAGCCUGUCUAUGUUUCUGUGUGGUAGCAGAAAGUGGGCAGAGUAGAAUAAUCUCACCAUAAUAACCCAACAGAUACGACCCCGACCCUCUCUGUUUUUUGUUUUUGUAUUAACUCAUGACAGUUUAGUUGGCUUGACCUGUGCCUAGUUAUGAUUCGGAGGACAGUUUUCUGGAAAAGCAGUGCUUCAGUAUGUGAAAAUAAACUGCAGUGGUUGUGACAUUUCUGUCCGCACGUUACAUGUUAGCCUUUGUAACCUUUAGGAAACAGUUCGACCGGGAACUCUGCUUGUUUCAUGUGUAUUUUAUAUGUUGGGAAUUUUUUCUUAUAGGAGGAGGAGUAUAUUGUGCAAAAUUGAAUCUGUGUUUGAAAAAAAAGUAUACCACAUUGGUGUUCAUAUAGUUCAGAGCAACAGUACCUUUCAGCAUCAUUAGCUGGAACUCUUUGGUGUGGUAUUGUUUAUGUUGAACUGCCAGAUCAUUUUAGUCUUUCAAAAAUGCAUUUUUGACAAACAUAAUUAGCAACGUAUCAUCUGUGCCAUUUGUCUAUGGCACCUUAGAGUCUGUGUUAGAACCAAUAUACCUCAUUGGUGUCCAUAUCGUCUGCCGCAGCAGCAGCGUUAGCAGGAAUAUCUGAGUGGUCUCAAACAAGUCGUCACAUAUCGCCGCUUUGUCAGUGGACCUUCACUUAUACGUAUUACACGCUAGGUAUCAUCCUGCAUCUACUGGUGAUGUUCAGGGACGCCUCAACCAGCGCUGGAUGUAAAACGCUCAUGAUUCCAUUAAGGGAACAAAAACAUGUGGUUAGGUUAAGGCUUGGUUUGGCUUUACAUACAUAAUCAAAGCAAACAACGGGCUCCUGGAUGAAAGUCCAAGGUUUGUUGAACUCAUCCACCGCCCCUCCCACCUGCCCCAUGGGGACUUUCCUGCUCCUUAUAUAACGUCAUCACUGGCAGUGUUUUAAGCUGAUGCCAUCCAGCUGCAUAUCAUACUACUGGGACCAGUGCCGUAGGGUUGCGUUACGAGCUGACGCCACCUGUCCGCAUAUCAUACUGCCUCUACAGGUGCCAUCCGGACAACAGCUGGAAUAUAAUAACACCGCAAGCGGUUACGUCUGGCUGCGUUACAAGUCGUCGCUGCCAUACGGCAUAUCACAAAGCCACGAAAGUAGGGCUGCCACUAACGAUUAUUUUCAUUGUCGACUAAUCUGUCGAUUAUUUCUUCGAUUAGUCGACUAAUCAUUUCAUCGAAAAAUGUGUUAAAAUGUUGAAAAAUGUCGGUCUGUCUCGCCCAAACCCCAAAGUUACAUCAUCUAAUGUCUUGUUUUGUACACACACCAAAGGGUUUUAGUUCACUGUCAUGGGAGAGUGUGUAAAGCUGCCAAUAUCUGAACAUAAAAAGCUGCAGUAAGAGUAUUUUGGGGCACUUUUGUAGUACUUUUCUAUGAAAAAUGACUCAAACUGAUUAGUCGACUACUAAAAUAGUCACCGAUUAUUUUAAUAGUCGAUUAGUCAUCGAUUAGUCGACUAAUCGUGGCAGCCCUACACGAAAGACAGCUUUGGCUGACGCUGAAAUCACUGACAAGGUGGUGGUAUUUGACGACUUCCAAAUAAAAACGGGCUGAGUAUCUGAAAUUAGUGGUGUGGUAAAGUUAUUUAAAAGCUUUUAGCUGAAUAUUUUUAUUCAAAAAUGCAUUUUUGAACAACACUGCAGUGAAUUAUCAUCUCUGACAGUCUAGACCUGAGACUUUGACAUCAAUCAUCUUUAGGUUUCUCUACAUGAAGACUAUCUCGUACAGUCCCCAGUAUUCUCACACAGGCUAGUUUAGCCACAUCCAAACUAACAAACAAGGUAUACUCUGUCAAAAGUUGCUUUUUAUACGUAGUCUGAGUAUCAUGAGCUGCAACAGGUCUAAGCUGUGAACAAAAAAAAAAAAAAAGAAGAAAAAAAAACAUGGUCUCCCAUUUUCCUGUCUAUGUGAGAGCCACAGUCGGUCUAUACGUCCAGGGCAACUUCAUGCAUCAGUCAAGAAAGUGACCGCCCCGAGAUACUGAUCCUGUGUGGGUCUGACAGCGAGCAGAGCUGCAUCCUGAGCAGUGCUUUCAGGCUCGAGUGAUCCAACCCAUCCCAACUCAGUGGGCGAAUCUAAUGGCUCUAGGCAGGAAAUAAGUCUGGGUGCCAAAAAGCAAAUGUAAUUAUUGCCCGGUUGGUAUUCUGGGUGAAAACUCUACUGUUUUCUGUAUUUUUGUAUAAAUGUAAAGAAACAUAUAUGAGAUAUGAAUAAAGUACACGUAUCCAACUGUUA